UGAUACGUUUCUUACUCUAAAUUGACUCGUUUCAAGGAGUGCAGUCUGUAACAUUUUAUCAUCUAUUGUUUUCUUGAAUUGCGUGAGCUUAGUUUUGGCCUCUAUGAACAUUUUGUGUGUAUUUUCUUACGCCUUUGCUGAGUUUUGGCACUGAAUAAUCGUAAUGAAGCGCUGCCUGACAAGCUAAACUCGGAGAUCAAUAACCCCGCUGCCUUCAAUGGAUAUGGCGGCAAAAGAAAUUGUUAACAGUCUCCAAACUGAGUCCGUCGUGAACCGCUGGCUGUUAGAUUAUUAUUUGUUUUUGGCGCUAGAUUUCUUUCGAAAGGAACAAUACGAGGAUUGCUGUGCCAUUACAAAGGUACUCGACAGUGUCUUGGCACGUCCUUAUGAGCGCACUGAUCUCAUGUCACAAAAGAUUCAAGUGUGGCAGUUUCUUUCCCGGAUAAAUGAGGGUGAAAAGCUUGACCUCUCUUCUCAGUCAGUAACUCCUCUGGAAUCAGCCCUAAUAUUGCUGGAAAAUAUGAUCCAGAAGUUCAGUAUCCCACAACAGGAUUACAAGAAUGUAUGCACUUCAAUUAAAGAAAUGAUUUUAAUGCUUUUUAUUAAAAACGGCAAAUUUGACAAAGCAGAAGAGGCUCUGAACAAGCACUUUACCAAGAGGAUGGAUGGCAAGAGGAUGCUUUUUAUGGGUCUCAUCAGUAAGAAGAAUAAAAAGCAUGAAGUAAUCGAGCAAAUCAACUUUAGACAGUUCAAGAACGAGAUGCUGGUUUUUUGCGAGAGCCUCUGCCCUGUAAGCAGCCCUUUUCUCGAGAAGGCUGCAAAGCAACUUAUUGAAGAGAAAACUAAGGAGCAACACAACAGUGGAGGUAGAGCUAAUGAGCAAGCCCAACCACUCCCCUCCUCAAGUCCACAAGUAAACGCAGUCCAGUCUGUGCCAUGCAAACAUUCAACUAUCCAGAGAACCAGGCUAGAAGUGGCCUACAGCGCCUUAGCUGCAGUUUUAAAUGAAAGAACAUUUUCUCAGCUGGAGGAAGAAGUGGAGACAGAGGACCAGGAAAGGGAGGAUCUUUACCUGCACCUCUCAUCUGAUCCUAAAAUGGACACCAAUCUGGACUUAGAGCAGGAAAUAUUAUUUCAGAGAGACUCGGGCAGCCCCAUGGAAGUUUCACCAGCAGACCAACCACCACAAACAGAUGUUCCUCAAACUCAGGGAAGUUCACUUUCAAAGACAACCUCUGUGCCGUGGAGCAGGCAGCUUUACACUGUGUCACGGCUGGUGAUGGAACCAGAUAGUCAGGCAAAUUCACAGUUCUCAAAAGUUUCAGAGGAACUGGAUACUGAGGCCAGAUUAGAAGAGGAAUCACAGACACUGGCUCUAUCAAAUAAAAGAGAUGUGCAGUGCCCAGUCACUGACCAAGAAGUUGCCAUACCAAUUCCACAACGCCGCAGACGAACCAACAGAACUGACAGCAGAAACUACAAGUCAAAACAGUUAUUAUCAGACAGUGAAGAAGAACCACAGAGGCUCUCCAACCCUUCAAUGAUCAUCUUCCCCAAUCUGUCCCCUCUUCACCCUGUCCCUCAAACAAGCUCCACUCCUCACAAGGAUUCUACUCAACUCAACAGCCAUUCCCAUUCAAAAUGUGCAUUUUUUCAAAGUCCCAAAGAUGUCAAGAGUGAAAUUACUGAUGAGGAACUCCAUGACCCUUCAAAUACUUCAUCCAGCAGAAAAUCUAAAACGUCAAAACAGUUACCAUCAGACAGCGAGGAAGACCCACAGGAGCCUGUGACCCUCAGUAAAACUCCGGUGCAAAAGCCUCAUGAGCAACUGUGCAGUGAUUCUGCGAACAACCAAGUGAAUCCAGAUGUUGUGGAUGACUUUCAUAUUACAGACUCUUCGAUGGAGAGCUCGCCGGUCCCUUCUCAUCCCGUCCCACAAACGAGCUCCACUCCUCACAAGGACUCUGCUCAAACCGUUUCCUCUUCUAAAUGGAAGCAGCUGUACAAUAAUGCAAAAGAAAGCAAGGACGUGUGGAGCAAUGAAGAGUUGUAUUUUACCUCUACAAAGAGCAACUCAAACAUGAGCACAGCUUCAAAUUCAGGCCAUCAGAAAAAGAAGUGGACGGAGAGUGAAACACAGAAGUUAAAAGAUGGGGUCAGAAUAUUCGGAGAGGGCAACUGGACUAAAAUAAAGGCAUAUUAUGGCUUCAAGGAUCGAACGAACAUCAACCUGAAGGACAGAUGGAGAACGAUGAAAAAGUUAAAUAUGGUCUGACUCACCAAAGCUUAGAUCAUUUUAUCCCAUCUGCUUUCCUUUAUUUUGGUUUCUUAAAUGACCCGUUAAU